CUAUAAAUCUCCAUUACUUCUCUUGAAGGAAUCGUUUUAUCUGAUUAGAAUCGGCCUUCUCUGCCCUUCGUUUUUGUCAGUUUUGAGGCCUUAAUGCCUCAAGAUAUCGGCAAAUGAGAUAGUUUUGUGUAUUUUGCGGUCUCUGUACCGGGAUUCUUUGCCGAUGAAGGGAUUCCCUGCUUCGCUUUUGUUUUUGGUGGGUUUUGCUACUUUUAGUUGGGUUUUGGCUUUGCCUCAUGAUGUUGUGCGGGAAGAUUCUGGGAAUUUUAUCUUAGGGCAAAAUAACUUUGGUCCUUGGGAGAACCAGAUAUUGCAGACUGCUAAGGCCUCAGGAUCUUCAAAAAACGAUUCUCAAAGCCCUCUUCUAUUGGCAGCAAAUAGAACGAAGCGUCCAGAUAUUCGUCAUGGGUUUAGGGUGUAUGAAGGUGGCUGGGACAUUGCCAAUCCCAAUUACUGGGCUUCGGUUGGAUUUACGGGUGCCACUGGUUUCAUUCUUUCCAUCCUCUGGUUCAUUUCCUUCGGCAUUGCUCUUCUUAUUCAUCGUUUCUGUGGUUGGAAAUUAAACCUUAAAGGCGAAGAAUCAAAGACUUCACAGUGGAUUUGCCUAGCAUUACUUGUCGUUUUCACAUGUGUCGCCAGCAUUGGGAGCAUACUUCUAUGUAUUGGACAGAAUAAUUUUUAUCAUGAAAGUUUGGAUACUUUGAAGUAUGUCGUAAACCAAUCGGACUACAUUGUGGACACGCUUAAAAAUGUUACAGAAUACCUCUCACUUGCGAAGACCAUUAGCGUGGCCCAGGUGUUCCUUCCAUCUGAUGUAAUGGACGACAUCGAUGAGUUAAAUGUGGAUUUAAAUACUGCUGCAGAUACAGUGGCUGAUAAGAUGCGCAUAAAUUCUCAUAAAAUAAGAAAAUAUUUCGCUGCUAUGCGUUCGGCGUUAAUUACCAUUGCUGUAGUCAUGCUUCUUCUGGCGUUAGUUGGUCUUUUCCUGUCCCUCUUUGGAUAUCGACAUGUAGUCUAUAUUUUAAUGAUCAGUGGUUGGCUACUUGUGACAAUUACAUUUGUUCUUUGUGGAUUAUUUGUAAUUCUCGACAAUUCUGUUUCUGAUACAUGUAUGGCAAUGGAAGAAUGGGUGGAUAAUCCACAGGCAGAAACAGCUCUUAGCAACAUCCUCCCAUGUGUUGACCCUAAAACCACAAACCAGACACUGAUCCAAAGCAAAAAGAUUGUCAAUGACAUUGUGAGCGUCGCCAAUCAGUUCAUCUACAACUUCGCCAAUGCAAAUCCGUCCCCGGGUUCUCCCAACGACCACAACCAAUCUGGACCUCCAAUGCCAGCUCUCUGUUACCCAUAUAACUCUCAAUUGGAAGAAACGAGAUGCGGUGACAACGACGUGACUAUUGGAAAUGCAUCAACUGUCUGGCAGAAGUUCGUGUGUCAAGUAUCAGAACCCGGUAAGUGCACGAGCGUCGGGAGAGUGACACCAGACAUCUAUUCCCAAAUGGUGGCAGCAGUGAACGAGAGUUAUGCACUUCAGCAUUACACUCCCCCUUUGCUAAGCCUCCAAAAUUGCAAUUUUGUAAGGGAAACGUUUCACAACAUCACCACAGGUUACUGUCCUUAUCUACACCAACAUCUCAAGAUUGUGAAUAUUGGACUUGCAAUGACUUCAGUAGGAACAUUGCUCUGUCUAUUACUAUGGAUACUAUAUGCAAACCACCCCCAAAUGGGGGAUGUGUCUGCGAAGCUAUCCUUUUCUAUACAACGCCGAAGAAACGGUACCCAAAACAUAAACAAUCCCAGUCGAAACGACGAACUCACCACAUCAAGCAUCAGAGGUGCAGUUUAGAGAAGUAGAGAGAGAAAAUAAUAGGUAGAGCUAUGUACUUAUGUAAAGAGUAUAUAAUACCCCCUUUCAAGGGGAUGAAACCAAGAUGGGGCAAAGCACCAUUUUGUGUUCCAUUAUAGAUAUCAUCACCUCUGGUACAUAAUCAAACAAACGUUU